AUGGAUCAGUCACUAAUCCCUUCCCUCUCCGAAGGCGUCGUCGGCUCGCGUUUCAUCACCCAGGACGAGGUAGAGACCGCAAAACAGCGCAGAGAGGAGCAAUGGAAGGCUGCCUACGCCAGACUCGGCCAAGAACCUCCUCCCCAACAACAGGAAGAGGUUUAUGACGGCAGAUCUCUUGCAGAAAAACUCGCUGCUAACAGGAUAGCAAAACAAGAAGAAUGGGAGGAGAAGACCAAGCUGGCCAAUCAAUUCCGUGCGCUGGAAGAGGAUGAAAUUAUGUUCCUGGACUCGAUCAGAGAGCGGCAAGAAGAAGAAGAGCGGCAACGUAAGGAAAAAGAUGGAGAAGAAGUAAGGAAUUUCAAGGAGGCAGUUGCAGCUCGAACAAGUUCCGUGAAUCAACCUCCAACAAUUUCAAGUCUUUCUGGGAACGCCUCUACAUCGGCCGCAACAACAGCGGUAAAACCCAAGGCCACUUUACCUAAGAAGGAUGCCAAGAGAGGCUUGAAAGGUGUCGUGGUCAAGAAAAAGGCCAAACCUGCAGUACCAACUGAAUCUGCUCCUGAAAAAUCACAGCCUGCUAAGAAACAGGACAGCGACGACGAUUUGCAGCCGAAUGCAAAACGGAGGAAGGUCACUGAGGAUUCAUAA